ACACAGAGAGAAGGAGGCUGAAGCAGUGAACAGGACGAUGCAGUCAUGACAAGAGAGACGUACUGGUAGAGACAAGAGAGGACAAAGGUCAACAAAACAGAAAUUGAAGUCGCUGUCAUCUCCAGAGGAAAACCACAUCAAUGAGGACGUCAGGCAUGGCUGUUUUUAAGCAACAAAACGUGGAGGAUUUCUACGAGAUGGGAGAGGCGCUCGGAAGUGGUCAGUUUGCCCUCGUGAAGCUCUGCCGGGAGAAAAGCACCGGAUUGGAGUUUGCGGCAAAGGUCAUAAAGAAGUGUCUGAGCCGAGUGAGCCGCAGAGGGGUCAAGGCUGAGGAGAUACAGAGGGAGGUGUCCAUCCUCCAAGAACUACAGCAUCCAAACAUCAUCUCUGUCCACGACGUGUACGAGAGCCGGACUGAAGUCGUACUCAUCCUGGAACUUGUGUCUGGAGGAGAGCUCUUUGACUUCCUGGCGCAGAAAGAGUCUCUGAGUGAAGAGGAGGCCACACAGUUCAUCAAACAGAUCCUGGAGGGAGUCCGCUACCUGCACUCCAAGAACAUCGCCCAUUUUGAUUUAAAGCCUGAAAACAUCAUGCUGUUGGACCGGAACAUUCCUCUUCCUCGGAUCAAAAUCAUCGACUUUGGACUGGCGCACAGGAUCGAGCCUGGGGCCGAGUUUAAAAACAUCUUUGGCACACCUGAGUUUGUGGCUCCGGAGAUUGUGAACUAUGAGCAGUUGGGCCUGGAGGCAGACAUGUGGAGCAUCGGAGUCAUCACAUACAUCCUUUUGAGCGGAGCGUCGCCUUUCCUUGGAGAAACCAAACAGGAAACGCUCGGAAACAUUUCUGCCGUUAAUUAUGAUUUUGACGAAGAAGUGUUCAGCCACACGAGCGAACUGGCCAAGAGCUUCAUCAGACAGCUGCUGGAGAAGGACAAAAGAAAACGAAUGACAAUAGAAGAAACGCUGAAUCACCCCUGGAUAAAGCCUCUGAACCCUCGACAGGCCAUGGUCAAGAGACUGUCUGUGGUCAACCUGGAGAACUUCAAGAGACAAUAUGCCAGACGUAGAUGGAAGCUCUCCUUCAGAAUUGUAGCGCUGUGUAACCAUUUAACUCGCAUCAUGAAGAAGGGGCCGAAGAUAAUGGAGGACGGGAGAGACUGUGAAAGUGACCAGGAGGAGGACAUCUUGAAGAGGAGGCCGAGGACCCGGAAGAGGAGCAGCACCUCCUGAGACCCGGCUCGUCCCGUCGUCACGGAGACCAGGCUCUGUUACACAGUGUCUGCACACAGUGAUUCAGAGCAAACAUUCAGAUGCCCCUUUGUGUUGAUCCUUGUUUACCUCCAGUCAACAGGAGAGAUGCUGCAGGCAAAUAGGAAAAAAAUCUUAAACUUAGAGAUAUCAAAUUGAAACUUCUGCUGUAGUUCACUCAUAUAAACGUAAAAACUAAAUGCAUUACAUGUAAAAUUUUCAUAUAAAAACAAGCCGUUUUUAUGUGGAAAAAUGACCAAAAUUCACCAUAUUUGGGACUUGGAAAACAGAAGCAUGAAAAGAGCCAGGUUUGAAUUUCUUGCCUCAUUUGGUGACAUAUUAGAUAUUAAAAACACACAGAGGAUUUGUUAUUAUUUCAUUUUUGAGUAAACUAGAGCCAACUGAAAAUUUGCCUAAAAAUUCAAAUUUUGGCUUAUUUCUUGGAGUUAAAACUUUAAUAAAUCAGAUUCAGAUUUAAACAGAUUUUGGUGCUUUCUUCCUACCAGUGAAGGCAGGAUGACAGCGCCAUCUGCGGUCCGACUUCUUCAGGACAGUAUCCCAGGUGUGUGAGAGUAAAAAGAUUGCCUCGAAGCAAACAUCACACCACACGGAAUCUGAGAUAUAAAAAUCCUCCUGUAGCUUGGUCAAAAUCUUGUUCAGUCCGAGAUUGUACAGUCUGGUGUGUGUAGGAGCUACUUUAAGGGCUGAUCCUUGUGAAAACAGCCUUUGAAGUUACAUUGUCCCAUAUAACUCUAUGGAGGCAGGUCAAUUAAAUAAAAUAUUUAAAAUAUUUAGUUACAGAUUGGAUAAUUAUGUGUUGCUAAGAGACUAAACUGAACAAAGAAACAAAAAAAUAUUUAAAAAAUGGUUUUGCCUGUAGCGUCUCUUCUCAACACUGAGCCAGACAGGUCAGGAUUUUGUGGUAGAAUCUGCCUCUUUAAAGGUCCAUAUUACACCAUUUUCUGAUCUCUGUUCUAAUGUUGUUUCUUUAUGUAUGUUUUUGAGGAGGUAACAGCCUUAGAGCAUCACUUAAAGCUCAUAAGAGUCAGUUUGUGUGAUAUAGGACAUUUAACUGUCAGAUGCAGAUGUGUUGACCUGGUUUGUUGUUAAUAUCUCUGUAAUUACUGGGCCUAUUCAAAUGAAACAAACACUGUCUAUAAGUUCAACGUCUUACCUGUCAGUAUGAAUGCAAACUGUACAAUAGUGUUAUCAUAAAAACACGAUUCUUGUCCUGAGGAAAGACUUCAGGGCACAGGAUUAUUUUAAAAUUUCUCUCGCUAGCAAAAAAAAUGAUAAGGUUCAGCAUUUGUGCGUUUCCUGUUUUAGUAUUUCUUAAGCUGGUACAGUUCUGCUGGCCCCUGUUUUCCAUCUGAAAUUAUGAGUUUAAAUGCUAGAAUAUUUGAACUAUAGACUGUGUAAAAAAGUGGACUACGUGAGUGUGACGUCACCGACAGCGUUCAGCUCCAGUCAAAUGAAGCUCAUGGAGGCUAGCAGUUAUAGCGGUGAAUUUGGAAUUGAGUUCCUUAUUUGGAAUUCUGACUGCAUCAUAGCAACCAAAGAGCCAAUCAGGAGCGAGGCUGUGCCCCUUCCCGCCCGCACCGCUGGUUUAGCUAGGAGCAGACACUUAGCAACACUGUCAAUCAAACCUGUUGCUAAUGCUAGCAGGAGUGACCUCGGGAAAGAAGACGACUGAUUUGUCUGUUAUUAAUGUUCAUAUCUUGAUUUACAGACACAAUAGUGAAAUAAAAAACCCAGGAUCAUGUGGAGCGGGUUAAUACGAACAUUUAAGAGCAAAAUGACGAGUCUGACAGCAGCAGUUACAGAGAGAAGGGACACAGUUUUUCAAUGUAAAGUGAAUUGGAGCCGGAAGUGAGCCCAUGAUCACUUCCUGUUUGGAACGUGGUGGCUAGCAGGUUAGCUAUGUCCAUUAAUAUAUACAGUCUAUUAUUUGAAUGCAGUCUAUUCUAGUGUCUGGUGCCAUUCAAACACUUGGACUUUUUACUGAUCGGCUGCAUGUUUUUUUUACUGGUUCCAGAGCCGAUCGUGAAUGUGAAUUUUAUUUCUUCUUUGAAUUCUGGACAUGUGCCAAACUGCAGAGAGCUUGUGUUAUUCUUCCCAUUCAAAGUUUAUGUGGGCACAGACAGAACUGGCCCAGCGCCUGUGGGUUUCUACACAGUUUUAUAUUGUAAUGUAAUUAACAUUUUUGAAAUAGCACAUUUGUGGCACAUAAAAAGGCCCAUUGUGGACGUGAACUGGGAAGCAUCUGCACAUCCCCAGAGCUUCCUCUCCCAAUGUCAGACGUGACCACACUCUUACAAAUGAACAGCGCCAGUGUGCCGCCUCAAACACAACAAUACACGUUUACAUUCUGCCACAGCCACAAGCAAGCACAUGAGUGUUUACCUCUGCUCCAUAACCAGAGUCUGGAUUCAUAAAAGACAGAUUCAUUAAUGUUAGUUUUAUAUUUAUGUUGUAAAUAGUGAUGCCGGAUGUCUUACCUUUGUACUUAAGUGAAAAAAAUGUGCCUUUGGUUUGCACUGUCUGUAUUAAAUAUAAUUAAAUGUGUAUCUGAA